UGUAACUUCUCUCGUUUUAUUAAAAAAACACAUUCCAAAGGGAUCCUCACACUAUUACGAGACCGAGAGAUGGCGAAUGAAAUACCUACCAAAGGGAUCCUCAAGACCGAAGCUCUGAAACAUUACAUCUUGGAAACGUCAGCGUAUCCAAGAGAGCAUGAGCUGCUUAAGGAACUUCGUAAAGCUACAGUCCAGAAAUAUGGCAAUUUAAGCGAGAUGGAAGUUCCGGUUGAUGAGGGUCUUCUUCUAUCGAUGCUUUUUAAGAUCACGAACGCUAAGAACACUCUCGAGCUCGGUGUUUUCACCGGCUACUCUCUUCUCUCCACGGCACUUGCUUUGCCUGAUGAUGGCCGCAUUACUGCAAUAGAUAUUGACAAAGAAGCCUAUGAAGUGGGACUAGAGUUUAUCAAGAAGGCAGGUGUUGAUCACAAGAUCAAUUUCAUCCACUCCGAUGGUAUUAAGGCCCUAGACCAAUUGGUGAAAGACAAAAAGGAGUUUGAUUUCGCAUUUGCGGAUGCUGACAAGUCGAACUACGUCAACUUCCAUGAGAGGCUUUUGAAACUGGUGAAGGUUGGAGGAAUCAUUGCGUUUGACAACACCUUGUGGUUUGGUUUUGUGGCUGAGGACGAAGAGGGAGUUCCUGAGCAUAUGAGGGAAUAUAGAAAGGCUCUUAUAGAAUUCAAUAAGAAAUUGGCUUUGGAUACUCGAGUUGAGGUCUCUCAGAUUUCCAUUGGAGAUGGUGUCACGCUCUGCAGGCGCCUUGUAUGAUCAAAUUAGACCAAAGUUUGGGAGUCUGGAAUAAAACUGUUAGAUCCUUCAAUAAUCACUUUUGGUCGUUUUUUUUGUUGUUACCAAGUUUGCAUGGAAUAGUGUUUCUGAUUGAUGAUCA